AUGGGUACAGAGCAGAAAUCAUUAUUGGGAACUCUUUCGCCGUGGAGUACCCCAAGAAGUGUGACACCGCAGCCUGCGGAUCCCCCCAAACCAGAUGCUUUGCAGCGCUCCCAAGGAGAAGACCAUACGGUGACCCAUAGACAUCGAUUGAGCAUGCGUCGCUAUCCUUCUGAUUGCCCUCCACUGAAAGUGAGAUGGUUCUACGCUGUGGACUCGCCCAAGAGGAAACCGUCCCUCCUGGAACAAAAAAAGGCAGACCAAAAACCCUUGCCAUUACCAAAAAAAUUCAUUCCUUUCCCCGGAAGAGAUUCACAGUCUAUCGAAACCACAUUUCAGAAAAUAUCAGACAUAGAAGAGGCUCACCAACAGAACGAGUCCAAACCAAAGGAAACAGUCUUAUCCAAAGUACCCGUGAACGAGGACUUCCUUUUCAAUGUUGAUGUGGAGCAACGAGAAUUGAGUCCCACUUAUUGGAUUGGCCCUGUUUAUGAAGUCCGUCGUGGAACAUGGUUUGUCCAGGAUGGUUCUAAUCUCAAACCAUGCGAAGAAAAUCUGGCCACUCAGCUUGAAGAGGGCUAUAUCAAGAUUUGUCCGUGGAGGGCUGAUCCAGUCAAGGCUGGACCUCCAGAACAAGCUUCAAACACAAAUGAGGUUAGAACAGGUCAAGCAAAACCUGUGGAAACGGAUCCGAAAAUGCCUCAAACACUUCAAACAUCACAGACCGCCAACCCGACCUCCCCUCCUCGCGGCACGGGAAAUGACUCUAAUGGCCCCGCAGCCGAGCCCCAGCAGUAUCGUCUAUUUGGCGCUUACAUGAACAGGAUUGUGGCCUAUCAAGAUUCCACAACGGCCUGGCUGAUGAAUGAUGAUUUCAUGUCACGAUUCAGUACUUCGGUGUAUCAAAAGCUGGGAGGUGUUCCGGGAACAAAGUUGGUGCGCGGAUUUGAGCCCAGAAAACCAAAGGAGGCACCCGAAGGAAGAACUUCUAAACAAAAACCACAUGAGGAGACAUCGAUUAUCACAGGCGUGAAUGACAAUAUGAAAGAGGAGUUGAAAUCCCCUAUAACCAAUCCCAUGACGCCAGCUCAAGCGGGUGCAUUUGAAGAGCUGGACAGACCAAGGUCCACCCUAGAACGACAAAUGUCUUCCCUUGCGGGUGAGCCGCAAAAUCCCGCUGAACUCGAAGAGCAGGCCCGCAGGCAGGAGGAGCAAGAGAUGGAAGAGUCAAGAGAAAUUGACGGUGAGGACAGAGAACGCGACGUGGACCAUUUGGUUCUCGUCACUCAUGGGAUUGGCCAGCGACUGGGAUUGCGAUUGGAAAGCAUCAAUUUUAUACAUGAUGUUAAUGUCCUUCGCAAAACACUGAAAACCGUGUACAAGGCUUCCCCUGAUCUUCAAGCGUUGAAUUCUGCAUUUCCGGACAGCGAUAAGAAUUGCCGGGUCCAAGUGCUCCCCGUGUGUUGGCGGCAUCUUCUUGACUUUCCGUAUCGGGGAGUUCGACAGAAUAGAAAAGAAUUAGAUCUGACCGACGCGGAUGCUCUGGAAGAUGACACAUACCCAAGUCUAUCAGAUAUCACUCUGGAAAGUGUACCCGCUGUGCGCAACCUCAUUUCAGACCUGGCCAUGGAUGUGCUUCUUUAUCAGAGCGGGUAUUGCGAACACAUUUCCAAUAUUGUCAUACAAGAGUGCAAUCGAAUCCUCCAGAUUUACCAGAAACAAAACCCUUCCUUCAAGGGCUCGGUCAGCCUCAUUGGCCAUUCCCUUGGAAGUGCAAUCCUGUUUGACAUCUUGUGUCAUAAAUCCGCAAGCACGAAACAACAUGGCAAGAAAGGAACGGCCCAAAGAAGUGAAUAUUCAGCCCCCAGGAACACGAAGGCAAAUGCGUUCGACUUUGAAUGUGAAGAGUUCUUCUGCCUCGGGUCCCCUGUUGCACUCUUCCAAAUGCUCAAGGGAAAGACUAUUGGUGGAUACUCUGCUCGGAAUCGCAAAACUGCCUUGGACGUUGAGAUUGACUUGGAUAUCCCUAGCCCUGGGCAUGGACCAAACGAUAACCCCGCUAUCAUGUCGAUGCCGAAGUGCCGAGAUCUGUACAAUAUCUUUCACCCAUCUGAUCCAGUAAGCUACCGCGUUGAGCCUCUUAUAUCGCCAGCGAUGGCUACUUUGAAGCCGCAGCCCCUGCCCUCGGUGAAGAAAAGUCUCUGGACGACCUCGGGGCAGAGUCUGUCCAUCCUUGGUAGUCGCAUGGGCCAAAGUGUGGGGUCGCUAUGGACAAACUUCACCACUGGCGUUGCAAGCAGCCUGUUGAACCGCAGUCUGGGUCUGAAUAGCGACGGCACAUCUACCACCUAUGCUACAGGUAAACAAGGCGAUGAAUCAACCCAUAAGCGGACCCAAUCAGGCUCGACCCAGCAUGGUUCGCAAGAAUCAGAUGAUCACCAUCAAACCUUGAUCGAGUCCGACCUAGAAACUCUCUAUGAUGGCUUCCAGAAAAGCCGGGAUGUCAACCACGGGGAAAGUCCAGAUCCUGGGGCGGACAUCGACCAGGAUCGAAAGCUGAAAAUUGAAGAUGCCAAAGUGCGCGCCUUGAAUGCUAAUGGUCGCGUGGAUUAUAGCGUGCAGGAGGGAGCUUUCGAUAUUUCACUAAUUGCCAGUAUUGCCAGCCAUCUUACCUAUUGGGGUGAUGAGGACGUCAAUCAUUUCAUGUUGUCCCAAAUGCUAUCUAGAAGACACCGGCAUAGGAUCAAACCUGAGUGA